AUUUAAUACUUCUUUUUCAAAAAGUUACAAAAUUUUAAGUGGCUCCAAAAGCGAUCGCAGGGUUCCUAUACAUAAGCUCUCUAAAAUGGAUAACCCAUUUUACAAGAAACUGCAAGGUCAAUUGAAAUUUUUAACUGACUCUCAGUUGUCAGUUACAGAGAUAAGAGUUUUGACCUUGACAUCCCGUCUUUAUAUCAGUUAUGGUAUGGUCUAUCCCUAUUCAACUCUAGUCUAUAUGGUCCAUCGUCGAUUUUCUACAUUCAAAAAUACCUCACCUUAUUCGCUAACUAAACUUAUUCCCCACACAACUUUUCAUUUAAAUGAUGGGGAGAGUGAUAUUCGACAGAAACUCGAAGAUGAGGACCGGAGACGUAUGAAGAGUGGCUUUACCUUUUUUGGAAUUGGCGGCAUUUUGUUAUCGCUUCGCGUAUCCAUGGUUCACCAAUACAUAGUUCGUACAUGGAUGAGGCUAAAAAAUUUUCAUCUGUGCAUUCAAGAAACAUCCAUGCAGAAACUUUUGCCUGAUCCGCUACAAGCUCCAUAUGUUCAACCCUUUUAUACUUUGGUAUUGGAGAUUAAGGACGUCUUAAUGCACCCUGAUGUAACCGGAUUUAAGAAGCGACCCGGAUUGGACCAUUUUUUAAGGGAAUGUGCAAAGUAUUUUGAAAUUGUUGUCUAUACCACUGAGCAGAGAAUUACAGUAUUUCCAUUGAUUGAUGCCUUAGAUCCAAGUAGGUUCAUUAUGUAUCGUGUGGUGGGGGAUUCCACAUAUGGCCCUGAUAGUCAUCAUGUAAAGAAUCUCGAUAAAUUAAACCGCGAUCUUAGGCGCGUUGUUGUAGUGGAUUGUGACGAGAAUUCGAUGAAACUGCACCCAUCCAAUUUUUGUUUGAUUCCACGUUGGUGUGGCAAUAACGACGAUACCGGUUUGUAUGAUCUGGUGUCUUUCCUGAGUAUGCUGGGUACCAAUGAAGAAACGGAUGUGCGCGAAAUUUUAAAGAACUAUAAUCAAGUUAGCAAUCAUAUUGCUUUAUAAAUCGGAUAAAUCAGCGCACUCUAACUUAAGUAUAGACUAAUAAACUGAACCUGAAGAGAA